AUGGCUAUGAUGAAGGCCUUCUUCCUCCCUAACGCCAUCAUGUUAAAAUUUGCUGAGUACUUCCUGGCAGAAAAAGCGAGUCAGAUCAAAAGAACCAGUUCUGCGCUUGCAGAAGACACUACCAUCAUUGCCAUCUCUGCCCGCAGGAGUCAUCGAGUACCAAGAACCAGCUACAACUACAACAUCCCCGACGUUCAUGAGCUACCACGACCCAAACGAUACAGCGGCUCACCCAUGGCACCCCGUCCUUGCAAACUCAGAGCGGACAUCACACAAGCUUAUGUGGCUCCGGGUACCAGGCAACCGACAACUCUUCAUCGUCUCUUCCGCGAGAGGAAGGGGGGAACCAACGUUGACUCUCGGUACCAGUGGGAUCAAGGGAACUUCACGACAUGGAAUCUACACCCGGUGAUAGCUUUGGAUCUUUCUAUGCCACUGCUGCCCACCCCCAACACUUGGGGAUGUCGAAGAUCAAACGAGAAAGCUCAUAUCAGCGUCGCAAACUAG